AUGUUCCUGAGGAGGAUGAUGGGAGGAAGAGGUGGUGGUACAGAGUAUGAAGAUGAUGAUAAAGUUGGUAGGAAGAGGAAGAGACAAGUAGUAGUGGCAGUGAGAAGGAAGGAAGGAAGGAAGGAGAAGGGGCAUAAGCUCCCAAGCCGCGGGGAGAGGAAGUCUGAAGAGAUUGAUGAGAUGUGGAAACCAACUCUUCUUUAG